UCCAACAAAGUGGUAUCAGAGCCUCCUUCUCGAAAUGGCAAGUGGGAAUCUGGUUUCAUUGCAGGUUCCAAAAUUCACAAAAGAGAAGUUUGACAAUUGGUGCAUCCGAAUGAAGGCCAUACUCGAUGCACAUGAUGUGUGGGAAAUUGUUGAGAAUGGAUAUGAUGCUCCUAAAGACAUGAGUGCUCUGACACAAGCACAAAAGGAUCAGUUUAAUAGCAUCAAGAAAAAGGAUCAGAAGGCCGUUUCUCUCAUUCACCAAGCAUUGGAUGAGGUUACCUUUGAGAAGGUUUCUAAUGCCACCACAGCAAAGCAGUUGUGGGAGAAACUUCAAGCUGCCUAUAAAGGAAAAGAAAAGGCAAAGAAAGUUCACCUCCAAAGUUUGAGAGGUGAAUUUGAAGCUGUCCAAAUGAAUGAAACAGAAAAGGUAUCAAUUACAGAGAAAUUUGAUUAUGUGGUGACGGCCAUUGAAGAAUCAAAGGACUUGGAAGACAUGACUGUUGAGGAGUUAAGUGGUUCACUUGAAGCACAUGAGGAGAAGCUCAAUAGAAGAAAGAAAGAGCCCAUGGAGCAAGUUCUACAGUCAAAACUUUCUCUGGGUGAUAAAGAACAAAAGGGAGGCACAAGUCAAGGAGGACGAGGUCAAGGCCGUGGACGCAGUCGUGGUCGAGGACGUGGAAGAGGAGGAAGAAGUGUCCAGAACACUAAUCAAAGCAGAGAUGAAAAUUUUCAGUUCUCCUCUUUGAGAGGCCGUGGCAAAGGAGGAUCAAGGCCAUAUCAGAAGAUGUAUGACAAAUCCCAAAUUCAGUGCUACACUUGUCAUAAAUUUGGGCAUUAUUCAUGGGAAUGCAGAUUUGGCAACAAUGUAAAAGCCAAUUUCUCUCAAGACAAAGAUAAAGAAGUUAAUGAAGAGGUGGAGACAACUCUCUUGUUGGCCUACAAAGAUAUGAAGAAUGAAGAAAAGCACUCUUGGUACCUUGAUACUGGAGCAAGCAACCACGUGUGAAAACAAAGAAUUAUUUGUGGAGCUUGAUGAGAAAGUUGGCGGCAACAUCACCUUUGGAGACUCCUCCAAAAUACUAGUGAGGGGUAAAGGUAAAAUUCUGAUACGCAUGAAGGAUGGAAAUCAUCAGAUUAUCUCAAAUGUUUAUUAUGCACCAGAUAUGAAGAGUAAUAUUUUGAGUGUGGGCCAAUUGUUAGAAAAGGGAUAUGCUGUAUUCACAAAAGGUUGCAGUUUGUACUUGAAAGAUUCUGCAGGAAACUUGAUUGCUAAAGUCUCAAUGUGAAAGAAUCGUAUGUUUGCUAUGAACAUACAUAUAGAUGUGGCUAAAUGCUUACCAUCUUGUUAUAAAGAUUCUUCAUGGUUGUGGCAUUUGAGAUUUGGGCAUAUGAACUGUGGAGGACUUAAGGUUAUGGCUAGCAGAAGAAUGGUGAAAGGCUUGCCCUCGGUGAAUCAACUUGAUCAACUUUGUGAAGGUUGUCUUCUUGGUAAACAAUCAAGAAAGAGCUUCCCAAAAGAGUCUUAAUCAAGAGCUACGAGGCCACUAUAGCUAGUUCACACUGAUGUUUAUGGGCCGAUCACCCCAUGUUCUUUCGGUAAGAACAAAUACUUUCUUUUGUUCAUUGAUGAUUACAGUAAAAAAACAUGAGUAUAUUUUCUUAAAGAAAAUCAGAAGUGUUCAAAUGUUUCCAGAAUUUUAAAGCACUUGUGGAGAAGGAAAGUGGCUCUAAAUCCAGGCAUUGAGAUCUGACAACGGAGGUGAAUUCAC